UCCGGUCACAACUCACAUCCGAUCCGAGAUCGGACAUCCACUCUCCAACUCCAACCCAACUAAAAAAAAAGAAAAGAAAAGGAAAAAAAACUAAACUUAGUCCCCGGUCCUCCCUCGAGCUAGAGCCAUGGCUGCCCUGGCCCUGGGCGCCGCCGCCACCUGGCCGGAGGCCAUCGUCCUGUGCCUCCUCUUCAUCCUCGCCGCCGCCAUGCUCGUCGCCCUCCACUCCCUCCCCCGCCGCGCCGCCCACCGCCUCCGCCGCGCCUCCUCCGCCGGCUCCUCCUCCGCCGCCGCCGCGCAGUCUCGCCGCCACUUCGCGCAGGGCGCCCAGCUCCUCGCCCGCGCGCGCGCCGCCGCCGCGGGCGGGACCAAGAAGCCACCCGGCCCGCUCGCUCGCGCGGCGCUCGCCGAGGCCGACCGCGCCAUCGCCCUCGACCCGCGCGACGCCGCCCCGCUCAUCCUCAAGGCCCUCGCCCUCGACCUCCAGGGCCACCGCCUCCCCGCGCUGCGCGCCCUCGACGCCGCCCUCGCCCCGCCGCUCGCGCGCUCCCUCGAGCCACGGGAGCGCGGGGACGCCCUCGCGAAGCGCGCCGAGAUCGCGCUCGCGCUCCACCGCCGCCACCGACGCCGCCUCGACCAGGCCGCCGACGACCUCGCCGAGGCCGUCCGCCUCAGCCCCCAGAACGCCCGCGCGCACGCGCUGCUCGGCGAGUGCUACGAGCGGAAGGGCAUGGCCGCGGAGGCCCUGGACGCCUUCAAGACCGCCGCCUCCAUCGACCCGUCGCUCGCCGCCGCGCGCGACGCUCUCCGCCGGACCGAAGGGAGCGAUGAUGGCGUCGAGAGUGACAGUGACUGAUGAACUUGCUGAUGGGUGAACAUUUCUAACUCUUGUUGUGUAUCUCGGGUGGAAUGAACAACCGUCUUGAUGGCAACAAUGGUAAAUGUGUAAUAUUAUAAGGUUUUUUGUGGUUGGUUACCUUCAAACAUUGUUACUUACCUCGCUCCAUUGUUGUAUAUUAGUGGAUAUGCGGAUUUAGUAGAAUGGAAAAUACCCAGUUUACAUACUAUUCAGGUGAUGGUAUGCCUGUGGAUUUAGUUCAGAUAUGCUAUAUCUGUAUCUUUUGGAUUUGCCCCCAUUAUAGUUGUUCUGUCUUUUUUUCUAACCCAGAACCUACGUUGGAUGAAUAUUUGCAAAAUUCAGACUAUGUGCUUCUAAUA